GGUGGUGUGCGGUCGAGAGCGCGCCUAGCUUUAGAAGCUUCCCGGGGGGUGGGCCAUUAGCGCAGGUAUAAAAAUCGCGACCAGAGUUCAAUUGCGAAGUCACUCUUCAAACUCUUCGGAUUAAGACAACAGAAAGCACAUCUGCUCUCAGUCGUGAAACUUGUGCUAAGACGGUCAACCUCUUCAGGAAAUUUCAGGCGAAAAUAUGGAGAUGAAAAUGUAUUCCUAUAUCGCACUAUUUGUGUCAGCCGUGCUUUUGUUUUCAAGCCUUCAAGUUGAUGGUGCAUCAUGGAGUUAUGUCAUUGGAGAAGAAAAUGGUCCUGAUAAUUGGGACACAGUGUUUCCAGACUAUUGCAGCAAGUCAAAGCAGUCGCCAAUCAACAUUGUCUCUAAAAGUGCCGAGCAUAAACCCAUUGGAGACUUUACACUGGUAGGAUUUGGAUCCACUGCACCAACCGAUGCACGAAUGAAGGCAGAGAAUAAUGGACACACUGUUGAAGUGGAACUUACCAGCGGUAACUACUUUGUGUCCGAGGGCGGUCUCUCAGCCCCUUACAAAGCUGCUCAAUUUCACUUCCACUGGGGAAAUGUCAACACCGUCGGGUCGGAGCACACAGUGGACGGAAAACAGUACCCAGCAGAGGUGCACAUUGUUUGCUACAACACAAAACAGGCUUCCGUGGCUGAAGCGGCAGGUACAGAAGACGGACUGACUGUACUAGGAUUCCUCAUCGAUAUUCAAGAUGAGGACAACCCAGCUUUUGCACCACUCUUUGAUGCUUUGUCUGGAAUUCAGUUUCAUGGUGACCAUGAAGACCUCGCCACUCCCCUGAUCUUUGGGGACAUACUUCCCAGCAAUUUGUCAUCGUUCUACCGUUACAGUGGAUCCUUAACCACCCCUACCUGCAACGAAGUGGUCGUAUGGAAUGUUUUCACCAACCCUAUUUUAAUCUCACAAGCACAAAUGGACAUGUUCCGCAGCUUGAACAAGAAUGAACUGGGAGACGCCGUGAACGAGACGUACGCGGAUACAUUCCGCCCAGUCCAGCCCCUGAACGGGCGAACAGUCUACCUGAACGACCUCAAUGCACUACCACGCGGCUCAGGUAGCUUGAUCUCCCCCGUGACGCUAGGUUCUGUAGUCGCCUUUGUAUUAGCGACAGUACUAUUGAAGUAGGACAAGUGAAAUCUAGGCCAUUGCUUGAGGGUUGUAUUAACUCUUGCAGUCUGUUUGUUUGUCCCUUUUUUCAGACAUUUUUGAACAUAAAACAUGACACUCGCGGGCCCAAUUUCUUGACUCUGCUUAUCGCUGAAUGCUGUGCUUACAAUCACCAUUCUUCGCUUACGUGCAAACCUGAAUUUAUGCAAUUAGCUGUGUAAGUGUAGAAUGCCUCGAGUACGCACGCACACAAGCCAAAAUUCACCACUAACCUGUGAAAAAAAACGCUUGCCGUGGGCACAGAAUUCCCUACUUCCUUAAGCGGUGAUUCUUUGCUUGCGGAAAGCAGAUCCAUGACAUUUGGCCCUGCAGUGGAAACUUCUGAAAGUACUUAACAUUUUGUUUGUUUUUUUUUACUAAAAAAAUUAGAAGGAUUUGAAACUUUGCACGAUACAGUAAGGUUUGCGGUUACCAACAUGUAAUGAUAACCUCUAAUUUAGUUGGGGUAGUUCUGACCAAUGUUUCUUUUUAGAUCCACCCCAACUCAAUUAGAGAUUAUCAUAACAUGGUUUUACCACAAACCUUACUGUAUUACUUAACAAUGCUCACUUUUAUCCACCCCCAAAAUGAGCUGAUCUGUUAAGACUGUCCGCAAGAGUUCUGGACCAUUCUGAGUAUGAUAGACACUCUUGACCAGAUUCUCGUGAACAAAGCUUUUUGUUUAAAAAAAAAAAACGUACUAUUUUAUAGUGGGUGUGGUUUAUUCUUUAAGUGAGUUUGAAGUACUUGUAUUUAUGUUUUUUUUAUAUUUAAUAUACAGCCAACCCUGGAGACGGUGGUCAAUAAUCUCACAGUAUGUACCGGUGAAUAAGGCACUUUACAAUGCCAGUCUUUAUUUGUAGAUCUUUAGUUGUAAAUCAAACCCUGUGUUGACAAUUCUACAAGGCAAUAAAGUUGAUAUAAUUUGUGGUGGCAGUUUAAUAUUUGAGGUCAUUAAUUGGUUCAAAAUCCACUUAUUUAUUAUUAUUAUCAUUAUUAUGACACACGUAUUAUGGAAUGACUUGCCCUCAGUACCACUUUUUAAUUUCAUACUUUGGUUUACCGGAGGGGCGAAUUCUUUUAAAAUUCUUCUGCUUUAUGAAGUUUCCCAUCCCUCUGUUCACUCCCAUGUUACUGGGAACGGUUCAAGCAGUUGCACAGCCUGCCGCAUUUACAGCACUUUCUGCCUGAUAAAGACCGUAUUGAAUAUAGUUGCCAUCUUGUAGGGCAAACCGUAUACGCGUCUAAACGCGUACAUCAAUGAACCACACAGCAUGCAGUAUUCGGUUUGAUUUCUGCGGCACAUGCACGCGCAGUAGCGCCAUCGUGUUGGGCAGAUAUUUGAACGGUGAUGUCAUAUUCAAUAUGGUCUAUUGAGAGUCAAUAAUACCACCUUUUACCAUUUUCCUAGUAGGUGAGUUUCAAUACAUCUUGGGAUGGUUUGACCUCACAGUUUUAUGUUUUUUUUGUACAGGCGGCACUUAUUCCAUUGUAACUUUUGUUUAAAAAAUUCUUUGAUCCAUCUGAUUAACAUUGCUGCACGUUGUUAUUAAAUUAUUAUGGUACAGACAGCAGUGGGUGUCUUGUUUUCCAGCACGGCAAUCAAAUUGACAUUGACCAAAAAGAAGAGCAAUGCCUCCCACCGCCACCUUUUGCUUUCUUGAGAGCAUUUUUCCCCCCAUCAUCAGAAACCUGGAUUUCUUGACUUGAGAUCCGUUAUUGCAAUGGGUUGCCAUUAAACCAAAGGUGCACCCAUGAUUUGAGACGUAACAAGUAGGCCUAAAGGUUGCCAUUAAAAAAAUCACACCCAUGAUUUGAGUGGUCUCACCUUCCAGCUUUGUGGAGCCGGGGUCGAUGCACUGUGUGGAUUGGAUUUACAGGCCCAUUCCUGAUUGUGCUGGUUUUCGCUGGAUUCUUUCUCUGGGGUUUUCCACCCAAAUUCCACCUUUGGGACCAUGGUUCGAAUCCCACUGGGGAUGCACUGUGUGGAUUGGAUUUACAGGCCCAUUCCUGAUUGUGCUGGUUAUCGCUGGAUUCUUUCUUUGGGGUUUUCCACCCAAAUUCCACCUUUAGGACCAUGGUUCGAAUCCCACUGGGGAUGCACUGUGUGGAUUGGGUUUACAAGCCUUUCCUGAUGGUGUGGGUUUUCCUUAGAUUAUCUCUCUGGGGUUUCUCCCACAUCUAAAACUGAAUCUUCCUUUCUUGUCUUCUCCAUUUGGUUAGUGGCUAGUACAGUAAUUAGGUUUGCUUUUCUGAUAAUCCCAGGCAUCGCAACAAAAUAAAUAAACAAAAACUGGACGACCUUUUCACAGUGUUAGGUCCUACAGCAUCAAUGUCAAAGUUUGAGGCUUAAUCAAUACACUCCUCCUUCAUAACACUAAGCCACUUAGGUUAAUCAGAUAGCAAUAGAUAAACUAGAAAACGAUGAGUCGGCUAACUCAACUACCCUCAAUCUAGAUCAAUCAGCAAUUUGCAGUCUCGUAAUACAUAAACAAUAGUUUGAGUUGUUAACAUCGGACCCCUUUGGACUCCUGACCUUAUCCCCUUUAAUGCGCUCCUGUAGACUUUACUCCAAAUAAAAAUAACAUUGUUAAUAGCACUGUUAAUAACCCGUUUCAUUAGAAAGACAUUACUUUGGUGAUGUGGUUUUUAUGGGAUAAAAGGCUAUACUUGUGGCGUGUUUUUGACAAUGAUGGGUGUACCCCACAAAGUUUGACGCACCCCACAAAGUGCUUAACAAGAAAUAUUCAAGGAAAGGUAUCAAAGACAACCCCUGGGGAAAGUCAACAAUGUCGCUCCACUAAACAAUUUGAAAGUACAAUAGGGGAUUUGAGUCAUUGCAUGGUGAGGUUUCAAUAAAUAUUAUGUUUGCUGUAA